GGCGUUGCUCUGUCGCCCUUCCACCCUUCACCGUUCAGGUACCCGGCUCUUGACCAUGACGCUACGACCACGUUCGCUGGUGAAGCUCACCUGGCGCGAGAGGCUUCAUGUUUUGAGGAUUAAAUUCAAUGUUUUGUGCGCGACCUUCAUCUGCACUAUCAAGGCAGUAUUCAGCAAGCCCCGGCCUGCAAGCCUUCGGAGACACGCAAUCAAUGCCCAGCUUCGUAGCUGGUUCUCUCAGGCCGGUCCCAAGCUCGAACAGGGCGUCUUGGACGAUUCAGAUGAGGUGUACAGGAAGUGGUGCAAGAAGAACAAGGUCACUCCCGUGAGAGAAACGCUGGCGGACGGCACUGCUGCAUCUUGGAUUGGUUCUCGGAACGCAAAGACGGUCCUGCUCUACUUCCCAGGCGGCGGCUACAAUCUUCCGGCACUCCCCUCGCACUUCGGCUUCCUCGGCACUCUCGUCAAAGACCUCGACUGCAACGACAACCUCGAUCCGCAAGGCGACGGCAAUUUCGCCGCGCUCGUGCUCCACGCCAGCGUCGCCCCCUUCCAGACCUACCCGACGCAGCUCGCACAAGCCGCCACCAUACUAAACUACAUGCGCAACGCGCUCUCAAUCCGCACGGAGAACAUCAUUGUGGGCGGCGACUCGGCGGGCGGGAACCUCGCCCUCAGCCUCCUAAGCCACAUCCUGCACCCGCACCCGGACGAGACCUCGGUUCACCGCGUGGACUGGACGGCGGACGAAAAGCUCAAGGGCGUGCUGCUCAUCAGCCCAUGGAUGGACUUCACGACCGACGACGAGAGCUUCCAGCUCUACCAGGCGUACGACUUCCUGACGCCGCAGCUGCUGGGCCGCUGGGCGACGACGUUCCUGGCAGACCGCCCCGCCGACGCAUAUAACCGGCCUGCGCGUGCGCCGCCCGGGUGGUGGUCCGGCGUUGGUGGCAUCGUCGGCGAUGUGCUCCAGGUUUGCGGCGCGCAGGAGGUGCUCAAGGAUGGGCAGAAGCGCUUCUCGGACGCUUUUCAGGCGGACUGGGACGGUCAGGGUCGCUUCGAGGCCGUCGAGGUCGAGAACGAAACGCAUGUUAGUUGCGCUAUUGACUUUGGUGCCGGCAUUAAGCUGCAGAAGGUCGGCAUGUAUAUCCGUUUGAGGGACUGGUUGAAGCCGAAGGUUGCUGGUGAUGUUUGAGUGGUGAGAUGGUUCUGAGAAGAGCUGAUCGAGUUGAAAAAGGUGGGAAUGGCUGUUGAUGGCUACAGUGUUGGAAAGAAGAGACCAGCGGGUCUCUGCUCAUGUGUAUGAUGUAUGUUUUGCUGUGGUUCACUGAUGACUUCCCUUUGGAUGGUAAAAAGUCUGUUUAGCGUUUUCUCAUUUAUAGAUCGUAGAAAAGACAGUUUGGUUUUCAAUGAUAACUUAAAAUGCUCGG